GCACAAUACAAACACACACGCAAAGCGACACCCACACCUCAUGAGCAAAGCAAGUUUUUUGUGAAUUUUAAAAUCAAAUGCAGAAAAACCAACUACUGCAGGCGGUAUCUAAAAAAAAUAAAUAAUUAACUUAUUGAUCACAAAAUGGUUAAUAAAAGUUAGUGUUUUAUGUAUUUGCGCUCGUGUGUGUGUGUGUGCGUUUCGUUGUGUUGCAAAACAAAAGCACCCAAACCUCCAGCACCACCACCACAGCUGCAGAAGCAGCCACAUGGGAACCAUGACAAAAGACUACGACUACCUUUUAAAAGUUCUUCUGGUGGGCGACAGCGAUGUGGGGAAGCACGAGAUACUUUCGAACCUGGAGGAUCCUUUCCCCGAAAGUCCUUUCUGCAGCGGAAAUGAUUGCACCUCUCACAUCCUCCAAACGGUAGCGUACAAAACAACCACAAUACUAUUGGAGGGUAAACGGGUGAAGCUCCAGCUGUGGGACACUUCCGGACAGGGACGAUUCUGUACAAUUAUUCGCUCGUAUUCGCGCGGUGCUCAAGGUAUUAUACUAGUAUACGAUAUAACGAACAAAUGGAGCUUCGAUGGCAUCGAUCGAUGGCUUAAAGAGGUCGACGAGCACGCUCCGGGCAUACCCAAGGUGUUGGUGGGAAAUCGCCUGCAUCUGGCUUUCAAGCGGCAGGUGGCCGCCAAACAGGCCGAGACCUAUGCCAGCCGCAACAACAUGUCCUGCUUCGAGAUAUCGCCGCUUUGCGACUUCAACAUACGUGAAUCCUUCUGCGAGCUGGCCCGCAUGGCGCUCCAUCGCAACGGCAUGGAGCACAUUUGGCGCAGCAAUAAGGUUCUCUCGCUGCAGGAGCUGUGCUGCCGGACGAUUGUGCGGAGGACGAGCGUAUACGCGAUCGAUUCGCUGCCCCUGCCGCCCUCGGUGAAGUCCACGCUCAAGUCAUAUGCUUUGACCACAUCGCAGUGCUACAAUUCGCUGAACCAGAGCUCGAAGAGCAAGAACCGCUGCAAGACGCCAACGAGCAGCAGUCGGAACAGCUGUGCGAUCGCGUGAUCGCUGCCUUGUAGGUCGCUGCUGCAGCCCCACGGCCCACGCGAGCUGCCUACAACAUCUGCCUACAACGUUACCCCUUCCCCAUCCGACAUUAACUAUAAUUCAACUAUAAUUAUGUACUUUAGGCUAACACACACCCCACAUAUUACCCUACGUACAUGGAAUCCUCUCCGUAACUCGACUUACAUUACUAUUAUUAUUAUUAUUAUUUUGUUUGUUUCCAUCGAGAUUGAUAUGCUAUAUAUUUAUUGUCACCAUAAAACAAGGUUUAAUUUUUACACAGUAAAAUUUAAAUUUUAGUUAAUUAUAAUGCUCCAUCUUACAUCUCAGAACCCAUAUUCCCUGUAUCUUUCGAUCCCUUGCAUUAUUCUAAUGUUGUUAAUAUUAUUAUGUUUGUAUAAUUCUUAUAUGUAAAAUGCGGACAACUCGAACAACACUACAGCCACCACAACACCCACAUUGUCCACAAACACUAACCGAACCGAAAUGAAAGUGAAAGAUCAGAAACAUGAGACCAUCGGGGCAACUAUUAUUGAAUCAUACUACAUUUUUUUUGCAUAUUUUUUUUGUUCGGUUACUAUUGAUUUAAACAUAUUCUUAGAGAUAAAUGUAUUCGGGAGCGAAUCCCGCGGGAGAACACACGCUCACACAAUGGGCGAAUUGAUAAAGAUAAUUUAGAAUGAACCAAGAAACAAACACUUUUUCUCUGUCUCUUUUUUGGCUUCUUUCUCCCAUGCCCGUAUUGAACGCUCUGCUCUUUGUCUCCUUCUAGUUCCUGUCUGCCAUCUCUUUCGUUUUGGACCUGGGGAUCGGGAGCGAACAAGUGAAAGUUGAGUGCAUAUUUAAAAAAAACGUUUCAGAUUAGAAAGUUUUCAGCCAUAUAUUCUGGCAUAAUUCCAAUAAAAUUGUUUGGCAUUUCUACAUUUGUUCAAGCACUUAGUGGGGAACGAAGAGAUGGUAUUUUAUAUGUAAAAUCAAUCCGUUUUUAGUUGAAAUCCUUUUAAUUAUUCAAGAAUUACAAAUCGAAUUAAAUUCGAUUGAGGUCUAUGCUGAUAGAUUUUACAUAUUGUACAUUUAUCAUUAAAUUUUUGUUUAAGUUUCAGAAAUAUAUUGCAAAAUGAACUUUAAUUCCAAUUACGAGUAUGUAAAUUAUUCA